AUGAUUUAUACACCCCUCCCCCAUCGCCGUACGGAUCCGGAGACACCUCUAAGACUAAUAGAAGACCCCGAAGACGACGAGGACGUGAUUGUUGACGACAAUUCGGUCUGUUCAAGCAACGGUCCAGAACAACCAAUUGCUCCUGCCAGCCCGCCCUCAGAUCCUCAACCUUCAACAAGUCCAAAAUCGACGACAGGCGGCGCCAGCUCAGCCCCGAGCCCACAGGCCACACCUCCCAGCCAUUUCCCUCAGGCCUUGUUCUCUCCCUUCUCAUCUGACAGGUCAGUCACGAGGAGACUUGUCAUAUUAUUGGAUUAUGUGAAAUAUCGAAGCAAUCCUCGGUACGACAGUUUAACUAGUGCUCUCACCUUUGCGGUGGACUAG